CGAUAAGCCCCCGCAUUCUAGCGCGAGUCAUUUGCAUUACCGAGAUGCACUUCGUUGACCGUGGCCACCUGAGCCCAAGUUCUGACAACACUAGUUUCCUCAUUCAACGCAUCCGUGCCGGGUAUGAGCACGAAGUAACCGGAUUCAGCCUCGCUAGGUGAUGCGGAAUCACUAUCAUUUUCCCUGUGUGAUUUCCGGGACAUCUUGAUAACGGUCCGAUGCUGCCGUCAACGCGUAAGACCAUUACUCGGUCCCGCAAUGGAUGCGCUGUUUGCAAAUCGAAAAGGCUCAAAUGCGAUGAAGCAAAGCCCUAUUGCUCGCGUUGCCAAAGGCUUGGCAUAUCCUGUCCCGGGUACCAGACGCCAUUGAAAUGGACUAAUACGUCCUCGAGACCGCCCCGACGUGAUCCUACAACCCCAGGGAGCAAUGGGUCUGAGAGCAUUGUUCAGUCACCUGAAAAGACUCUUAAUGGAUCUCAUUUGUCCGAUCAGUCCGGGAAAGAGCUUUGCGACAUGGACUUCUUCAAUCAAUUCACGGAUAUGAACACCCCUGGGAGCCUCGACUUCCAAGGCACAGACAGCACAGGACCGCUCUUCUCAUUCUCGAAUGGACUCAUCGAAAAAGACCACUUAACACCCUCCGCCGACGCAGUGAUAGUCUCUUCCCUUCAAUCAUACGGAACGAGUGCGAGAGGCGUGUGCCCGGAACUCACUUUAGACGACACAGAGGCUACUGCCAGCAUGGUCGGGCGAGUCGCACCAUUGGCCUCGUCUCCGCCAUCCCGACACGAGAUGUCGCUUUCACCCUCCUUGCAAGACAAUUCCUCGAUACUCGUAGAAUACUACUUCAAGGAAGUGUGCGGCAUGAUGUCUUGUUACGACAGCAAGUUGAACCCCUACAGGACAACCAUUGCAAACCUCUGGGGCACCUCACCCGCGCUUUACUACGUCACCCAGAGCAUGGCAGCAGCCUGUUUAUCAGAGGUUUCGCCAGGCCUAGUCGCGGCCAGCGGUCGCCUUCGGGACCAAGCGGUUCGCUCCCUGUGGAACGAAAGCAGAGUUGACCCAACAGAUACGUCGUCGCUGCUGGCCUUGGUUAUGCUCGGCUUCAGCCUUUGUUGGCACGACCCCAGUAGCCUCGGUCAGUCAGAGUUCGAACUCCUUGCUGAGACGGUAACCCAUCUGGACAACCAGAGCGGCAAUCUGACGCCAAUUGAAAAGCAAAAGAGAUUCUUCUUCUACAACUCUCUCGUCUACUGGAAGGUGUUGUUGUCCUUCGUCACCGAUCAAGAACUGCCCAUACUAGGCGCCACUCGAGAGAUCCAACCACAGCCGGCCUUUGUGUCAACCCAAAAAAACGUAGUGAUGCCGCAUCCACAGACAGGCAUCGGCGUCGAUGUUCAAGAGCUUGUCGCUCAGGUUGGGGCUCUGGUCAGGAAAGAGCGUAGACGCAUUCGUCGACGCCAACAUUCAUCGAGACAUGAUAUUGAACAGUCCAUCAACGCCAUACGAUCCGCAGAACAGCUUCAAGCCAAGUUAUGCGUGCUAGACCUUCCAGCAGAAGCAGCAGUCAUUAACUCGGGAGAUGAUAUGACUCCCACCGAUCAUCUACUAAAAACAGCAGAGGCUUACAGAUGCACCGGGCUUUUGCAACUCUAUCGUAACUUCCCCGACCUCUUAUUCGACGGCACAUCGCCUGUCACUCUCACAAGCCCUCCAAAUGGGGUGGAGACGCCCGAAAGCGCUAAUUGCAGCCACUCUGAAGAUUCCGGUGUCAUAUUAGGUACAUGGCUAACGAGUCUUGCCCUCCAUGUAAUCGAUCUUGUGCAGGAUAUUCCGAUUUCCUCACGAUCUCGGUCUAUCCAACCCCUUCUUCUUGUCAGCAUUUGCAGCGAGCUUUCGCUCGGUCGUACGUUUGUGCCAGCUCCAUACAUGAAAAGGAGCGCCGUCGCUAGCAUCGGGUCUAGUCCAAGAAUGGAGGUGUCGCCAACAGUCACUGAUGUCCUGCAUGCGAGACGACUCGUAGUUUCACGGCUCACAUCUUUUGAGGGAAUUUUGGCUGCUAAGCCAAUAAGACAAAUGCUGAAGCUUGUCAAAGAGACCUGGGCCUGCAUGGACAGUCAACAGCACGAUAUCUAUUGGAUGGACGUUAUGAUGGACAAGGGGUACGAAACCUUGAUGGGCUGAUAGCCGUAAGAUGUUGGGGUGUGUACCAUGGUGAUGAUGAAUGAACGGAACAUUGAUGAUUAUUGUGAAGGCAAAUUUAGACCUAGCGUGUCAAUAAAGGGGAGAGAGCC